AUCGUGGAAAAAAAAAAGUGUGCGAUAGCAAGCGGUGAAUCAACGUAGCAACCUCCUCUCCCUCUUCUUUCGUCAUCUCUAUUCUUCUUUCUAUAGGAGUUCGCCGUUAGGGGGCGAUGGCGUCGUCGUCGAUAUCCAUUGUUUCCGGCGUUAAACUAUCUCAGAUUGGCGUAGCUCCGUUCAACCCGGGCGACGGUGGCCCAAGAUGUCGGAGUGGGAAGCAGAGUAGAGUUAGGUUCCAUUCGGCGUAUUCGCGCCUCACUCUCUCGCCAUCGGCAGCUCCGAGUCGUAUUCGCGCCGAAGCUCAGUCAUUUCUUCUCUCUACAUGUCCCAGGUGGGCGCAAGAAACUUUAAGAAUCCGGCGAUGGAAGAGGAACAGUGCUGUGGGUAUUACUAAGACAUCAUUUCCUCAGGGAAGUGAUUUCUGUCUUACCUGUAAAAAUCGCUGUUCCGGGAACAGAAGAUCAAUACCAAGAGCCUUUCUAGACAGAACUGCGUUUAGUUUGUUGAAGUCUCGCUCGAACACUUCAUUGAGAAAGAAUCCUCAGAUUCUCAAUGCAACCGUGGGGCCAGAUGAGCCUCACGCUGCGGGUACAGCCUGGCCGGAUGGCAUUGCUGCGGAGAGACAAGAUGUGGACUUGCUUCCUCCUGAGAUAGACAGGGCAGAGUUGGAGGCAUUUCUUGCGUCUGAACUUCCUUCUCACCCAAAGUUGCAUCGGGGACAACUGAAAAACGGGCUUCGUUAUCUCAUCUUGCCAAACAAAGUUCCACCAAAUAGAUUUGAGGCACACAUGGAAGUUCAUGUAGGCUCAAUCGAUGAGGAAGAUGAUGAGCAAGGAAUAGCUCAUAUGAUAGAACAUGUUGCAUUCCUCGGGAGCAAGAAGCGUGAGAAACUUCUGGGUACAGGUGCCCGCUCUAAUGCCUACACUGAUUUCCACCAUACAGUAUUUCAUAUCCAUUCCCCAACCCAUACAAAGGAUUCUGAUGGCAACCUGCUGCCACAUGUGCUCGAUGCCUUGAAUGAGAUUGCUUUUCACCCAAAAUUCCUCUCUUCCCGAGUUGAGAAAGAAAGGCGUGCCAUACUUUCUGAACUUCAGAUGAUGAAUACAAUUGAGUAUCGCGUUGACUGCCAGUUGUUGCAACAUCUUCAUUCUGAAAACAAGCUGAGUAAAAGGUUUCCAAUUGGAUUGGAGGAGCAGAUUAAGAAAUGGGAUGUUGACAAAAUUAGGAAAUUUCAUGAGCGGUGGUACUUCCCAGCAAAUGCCACACUAUAUAUUGUUGGCGAUAUCAAUAACAUUGCCCAGACAGUUCACCACAUUGAAGCCGUUUUUGGGCAAACUGGUGUGGAGAAUGAAGCAGCUUCCCCUCCCCCUACUCCUAAUGCCUUUGGUGCCAUGGCUAGUUUUCUUGUUCCUAAACUCCCAGUUGGCCUUGCUGGAACUUUAUCCCAAGAGAGACCAAAUUCUGCUGAUCAGUCUAAAAUUAUUAAAAGGGAAAGGCACGCAGUUCGUCCCCCAGUUGACCAUAAUUGGUCCCUUCCUGGAAAUAGUGUUGAUCUGAAGCCUCCUCAGAUAUUUCAGCAUGAGCUUCUUCAAAAUUUUGCUAUUAACAUGUUCUGCAAGAUACCUGUAAACAAGGUACGGACGUUUGGGGACUUACGAAAUGUUCUGAUGAAGCGAAUAUUUCUAUCUGCUCUACAUUUUCGGAUUAAUAUGAGAUACAAGAGUUCAAACCCACCUUUUACGUCGGUUGAACUAGACCAUAGUGAUUCUGGAAGGGAAGGAUGCACUGUUACAACUCUUACUGUGACUGCAGAGCCCAAGAACUGGGAAAAUGCAGUGAAGGUUGCUGUCCAAGAGGUUCGAAGGCUCAAAGAGUUUGGUGUUACUAAGGGAGAACUUACACGUUACAUGGAUGCUCUGCUAAAAGACAGUGAACACCUUGCAGCCAUGAUUGAUAAUGUGUCAUCGGUUGAUAACCUUGAUUUUAUAAUGGAAAGUGAUGCACUAGGGCACAGAGUCAUGGAUCAGAUGCAAGGACAUGAGACCUUGGUUACUGUAGCUGGAACAGUUACGCUUGAAGAGGUAAAUACAAUUGGUGCUGAGGUGUUAGAAUUCAUCUCUGAUUUUGGAAAGCCUACUGCACCCCUCCCUGCAGCAAUUGUUGCAUGUGUCCCCACAAAGGUGCAUGUCGAUGGAGUUGGUGAGACUGAUUUCAGCAUAUCUCCAAGCGAAAUAGUUGCUGCUAUCGAAUCAGGGUUACAGGCACCUAUUGAGGCCGAGCCUGAGUUGGAGGUGCCAAAAGAAUUGAUCUCUACACUACAACUGCAAGACCUAACCUUGAAGCAAAAGCCAUCUUUUGUCCCGCCUAUUCCUGAAUCAGAUGUCAUCAAAGUUCAUGAUAGGGAAACUGGGAUCACUCAGCUUCGCCUCUCANUCGACAUUCCUGUAAAUUACAAGAUUUCAAAGACCGAAUCUCGAGCAGGUGUCAUGCGGCUUAUUGUUGGUGGUGGACGAGCUUCUGAAACUUUUGAUUCUAAAGGAGCCGUCGUUGUUGGUGUUCGGACUCUGAGUGAAGGUGGUCGAGUUGGAAACUUUUCGAGGGAGCAGGUGGAACUUUUCUGUGUAAAUCAUUUAAUAAACUGCUCGUUGGAGUCAACCGAGGAGUUCCUUGCCAUGGAGUUUCGUUUUACUCUGAGAGACAAUGGAAUGUGUGCAGCUUUUCAGUUGCUUCACAUGGUACUUGAGCAUAGUGUCUGGUUAGAUGAUGCAUUUGACCGAGCACGACAACUAUACCUGUCAUAUUACCGUUCAAUUCCUAAAAGCUUGGAGCGCGCAACUGCUCAUAAACUCAUGACCGCAAUGUUGAAUGGCGAUGAACGAUUUGUUGAGCCAACACCCAAGUCAUUGCAGAGCUUGAGCCUGGAGUCUGUGAAAGAUGCAGUCAUGAAGCAGUUUGUUGGGGGCAAUAUGGAGGUUAGCAUUGUGGGAGACUUCUCAGAGGAGGAAGUUGAAUCUUGCAUCCUCGAUUACCUUGGUACAGUUAGACCUACCCAUGAUUCUCACAAACUACCAGAGUCAGAACCAAUUGUUUUCCGGCCACCAUCAGCUGGUUUGCAAUUUCAGCAGGUUUUCUUGAAGGAUACUGACGAGAGAGCAUGUGCGUACAUUGCUGGACCUGCACCAAAUCGUUGGGGCUUUACCAUUGAUGGGGAAGAUCUUUUUGAGUCUGUUGGGAAACUUCCUGUUGCUCAUGAUGGACUUUUGCAACCUGGCGAACAGUCAUCAGAGGGUAGCGGUGGAGAAUUGCAAAGAAAACUCCGUGCACACCCUCUUUUCUUUGGUAUUACAAUGGGUCUUUUGGCAGAAAUCAUCAACUCAAGGCUUUUUACGACAGUAAGAGAUUCCCUUGGACUGACAUAUGACGUAUCAUUUGAACUAAACCUGUUUGAUAGGCUUAAGCUUGGGUGGUAUGUGAUAUCUGUUACAUCAACCCCUGGCAAGGUAUAUAAGGCUGUUGAUGCCUGCAAGAGUGUUCUGAGAGGUUUUCAUAGCAACCAAAUCGCUCCGAGGGAAUUGGAUAGGGCGAAGCGGACUCUUCUUAUGAGACAUGAAGCUGAACUCAAGUCUAAUGCAUACUGGCUUAACCUAUUAGCUCACCUGCAAGCUUCCUCUGUUCCAAGAAAGGACAUAUCAUGCAUUAAAGAGCUUACUUCAUUAUACGAAGCUGCUUCUAUUGAGGAUAUAUACCUGGCUUAUAACCAACUAAAAGUGGACGAGGAUUCUCUGUAUUCUUGCAUCGGGAUUGCAGGCGCUCAGGCUGGUGAAGAAGGUGCUGGUUUGCCAGAAGCAGAAGAACCAGGAGAGGCUUUCCAAGGAGUUAUUCCGGUGGGGCGGGGCUCAUCCAUGACGACACGGCCGACGACAUAACAGGACCCUUUUCAUGUCAAAAUUUCACUGUAUUAUUACAUCCCAAACCUCAGCAAAGGUAUUCUCCUCAUUCUUCCAUGGACUUUUUGUUUUCACGAGAAAUAUUCAUAUAGGGGUUUGAGCUAAAAGGAAAUCCAAAGAACUUCAACUUAAUUGUCUUCCUGAAGAAAACUUCUAAGACAUGCCCUCCCAAUGUGGAUAAUAUCCGUAAAACAGGGGAGGCUGCCAAACAGAGGAGUGUUGUUCACAGCAUCUAUCUAUAUAUUUUAUUUUUUAUUAAUA